CAGACUUUAGUCACCGUGACAAUGGCACCAUGACAGAAAGAAAGGAUUAACAGAAUAACACUCGUGGAGCUAUCUUACCAGGUGAUGGCUCGUAUCAGGUGUCGCUGGAGGGCCUGCAUGCUCUGCCUGUGCACGCCUUGCCUCUGUGUGCUGCUGCUGUUUCUCUACACAGCGGCCAUGAUGUCUGUGGCCAUGAAGAAACAUGUCGCAGGGGAAACUCCUCUGGGCAGCAGCAUGGACGACUACAUGGUUCCUCCAGAGAUAAAAGCCCCUCCAGACCCCAAUGACCGCUUCAUCGCAGGAGGAGCAGUAAAGACUAAAAAGUAUUCAGCUACACCCAAAGUAUUCUGGGACAAAAACAAACAAGUAGCUCUGUGGAAUCAGCUUCAAAAAGAGGUGGACGCUCAGUUGAACCCCAUCCUGCGUCCAGGGGCCCCACAGACGGCCCCAGAGGCCUCUCUGCUCUCUCACUCUCUCUCUGAGCUCAGAGGCUUUAGACACAGCAGCCUCACUCAGCAGCUGCUGCUCUAUGUGAGCUCCAUGAGCAGAAGGCAGUACCCAGUGCUGCUGCAGCCCGAGGGUCAGUGUGGGGUAGGGGACACACAGGAGAGGGGCUCCACCCUGCUGCUCUUGGCCAUCAAGACCUCAGCCCAAAACUACAGGAACAGGCAGGCCAUCCGCCAGAGCUGGGGCCGGGGGGGCUUGGUGUACCCACAGAGGAGCGGGGCAGAGAGGAGGGGGGCUUAUGUGCGCAGGCUCUUUCUGCUGGGCACAGAGCGCUCUCCUGACUUAAGGAACAUGACCUCUGACCUUCUGCGUUUGGAGAGUCAACAUUAUGGAGACCUGCUGCAGUGGGACAUGUGGGACAGUCCUCUGAACGGGAGCAUGCAGCGGCUGCUCUUCUGGAGCUGGUUCAGAGACUCUUGUGGACACACGGCCUUCGUGUUGGAGGGGGACGAUCAGUUGUUUGUCAACACACCAGCGCUGGUGUCUCUGCUCCAGGAGCAGCUGCACACGCCUCACCUGCAGGACUUCAUGAUGGGGAACGUGGUGGUUCGAGGUCGGCCCCAGAGGAACUCUCACUCUCAGGAGUUUAUCCCCGAAAGCUUCUACAGAGGCUGGUACCCGAUGUACGCCCGCGGGGAGGGGCGGGUGUCUUCUGCUCUGCUGCUCCAGCGCCUGCUGCAGGUUUCUGACAGGGUGCACCUGUUCCCCAUUGAGCAGGUUUACGUUGGGAUGUGUAUGAUCCGUCUGAACCUGUCACCCACACAUCACCCUGCCUUCCUCCCCUCUGAGUGGACUAAAGAGGAGCAGGAGCCCUGUGCUGCUCACAGAGUGCUGCUGCUGCACACACACAGCCCCACACACAUGCUGCAGCUAUGGGAGCGCUCUAACACCCACACUGGACCCUGCGCCAACGCCACUGUGCUCCCCCUCACCACCAGGGGCACUAGACUCACCACUGAGGCAAGAGGGCACGUUUGGGGACAUUAAUGGUACAGUUUAUGGAGAAGCUUAGAAUAGAAGACAAUUUAACAAAUACCUGAAGUGUCCUAUUCCACAGAGUCUUUCUGGAACUAUUCACGAGGGCAAGUUUUUCAGGACAUUCCUAGAAAAGCAGGAGCAGAAUAUUUAUUUAUUGUCUUACUGUAUUUCUUAUUCAGUAUUUUUAAUUACUUUGUGGAUAAACUGUGUUAUACAAAUAAACUUACUUUGACUAUAGACAGACUAAAAGAAUGCUGAUUCCAGUGCAGUGUGUGAUGUCCCUGGGUGUGGUGCCGGUAAAUGACUCAAAUAAACAUGUCCCUUUUCUUUUUACAGCUCCAGGACUCAACAGGUCUCAGUAAUAGACAGUGUGUUCUCUCCAGUGGUUUCCUCACAAAAACUGUGUCAUGUCAACUGCUGAUCCUUUUUUUAGUGCCAGAUAUUAUUAGGUAUAAUGGGCAUUUAAUGGGACAAUGUAAUGCUUUUCCCCUGCCUGUCCACUUCAUAAAUAAAUAAAUAAACACUAGGCCACGUCAGAAAUAAAACACAAGAUGUCUAAAUAAUCAUUUCUAAACUUUGAAAAACUUGGGGCCCCCCAUGACACAUUACAAACAGCCCAGACAAUACCUUGAUGUCAUUAGGAGUAUAAGACAUGAUAAGCCAACUGUUAAAAGCCCUGUACCUGGUUUUUAAACGUGAAAAACGGAAUUAUUUCAUUUUACACAGUUUGCAAAGUUA